CAUUUGAAAUUUUCAUUUUACAUUUAUGUACUUAUCAGUAUUAAAGUCACAUUCCGUUUUUACCGUACAAUAAAAGUCGAAGUAAGAAAUUGUCAUAAAAAAAAAAAUUGUGCCCCGAUGGACACUGGAAACCAUACAAUAGAACUUAUUCAUCAGGAUAUUGUAAAAAAUCAACUUCAAGUCACGGCUUUAAUACAGGAUAUUCAACAAUGUACUGGUCCUUUAGAAUUGCUUAAUGAAUUAAAUGCAGAAGGCAGAGCAAAAAUAGCAAUUUUAAAAUCAUCUAUAGAUAAAUUAGCAUCCAUAGCAGAGAGAGAACUUUCAGAAAAAAAAAAAAUAGAAUUAUUAACUGAAGUAGAUGUUUAUAAACAACAACUUAACACUUCUUUAGCUGCAUUUCGUAAAGCUAAUGUUGUUAGUAUCUGUGUAAUAGAUAAACUUGCUAAAGAAGAACUACUUUCUAUACCUGAAGAGCAACAAUCUGCUAUUCGUAGAAGACAUGACAAGAAAAGUUUAGCAAAUACAUCGAAUCAACUCUCUGACAAACUUUUAAGUAUAUCUAGACACUUAGCUGAAACAACUCAAAAAAGUGCAGAUACAUUAGAUACAUUAAUUAUAUCAUCAGAUAAAGUUACCAGUACUAAAGAUGAAUUAGAACAUCAACAACAAGCUAUAGUUCAAUCUGGAAAACUUUUAGAUAUUCGUUAAUUUUUAAAUUGAAGAAAUUGAAAUUAACAAAAUGAAAAUUUUAUUUUUAUUUUUAUUGUUUAUCAUCACUGGAUAUGCAGCUCCUUGGUUUGAAAUUCUUUUUGGCAAACAACAAGAUUAUACUUAUCAACCAUUGAGUUACAAAAAUCAACAAUCAAGACGACAACAAGGAAAAAGAGGAGGAGAAAGAUGGAAAGAAAUUUGUAGAACAAUAAAUCCUGAUCCUUAUGCUUUUCCGGGUCGAAUACCUUAUCCUUCUGUACCAAUUUGUCCUUAAAUAAUUAAAUUAUUUAAUAAUUAUUUAAAUAUGCGUUAAAAAUAUGAAUUUAUUGUAACAAUAUCAGAGAAUACACAAAGAUAUUCACUGGUUAUGAGUAUUUCAGUCAGUAUAUAAGUUUACUAUGUAAUCAAUAACAUAAAAGUACGCAGUCAUAUAUAUAUAUAUCUAUCAGUAUAAAUUAUGUAUGAAGAGAUAAAUUUGUUAAUGAUGUCUUUGUACAUUAAUAUAAUACGUUUUCCUUUGUAUUAUGUCCACUUAAUUAAUCGUUGUUAUUAUAUUAUUUAAAGC